UCAUUAUUUUUUUCAAUAAUAUAUAUUUUUUGAAGUUAUCAUAUAGUAAUGAAAAAGAACCAACAAUGAUGGUCGUUUUAGGGAAUGUUCGGUCUUUAAAAUUUCCCUGGAAAAGUCCUGGAAAUGUCUCGUUUGAAAAUGUGCCCUGUGGUUAACACCCACAUCUUUCGGACUCCUCGUUUGUUGUCUCCUCAACAUUAGCAAACGGAUUUUUGUGUGUAAAAUAGACAAAGUGCUCCUUUAAGUUUAAUAAUGGUAAUAAUAUAUUCAGAUCUAUUCCUGUGUAGCAAAUGCUGUACGUGGAUUUAAAUGCACUUUAUUGAUUAAACAGUGUUAAUUCUAACUAAUAAAAUAACUGUUAAUAUAUGUUUUAUCAUACACUGAUGAAGUGUGUGUAGUUUCUGCAGAAAUCGCCACAGUUUACACGGUGAGAUAAAUGCGUGGUUUUUUUUUUAUGAUGAAAACAUCCGUAGAUAAAAAUCUUAUUCUUCUAUCUUUCAGCUCUUCUUCUCUUCUUUUUAACUUUCAUUUCUCUUUCUCUCGACCACCAAACGUGCACGAACUUCCUGACACACAUGCACGCACACAUGCGCGGCGUUGCUUUUUAGACUUUGAACACACCCACACGUUCACCCACAUUAUAAAACCUGCUGCACUGAACUCUUGCUUUCAGUUUUAGCAACACAGCUGCACGCAGACGCUGGCAAAGAUGGAGUUUGCCUGCAGUCAUGUUGUGUGUAAUUGGAGGCCUGAUGGAUCAGCAUCCACAGGUUUUUCUCUCUCCAUGGAGCGUGACGAUACGGUGACUGUUAACUCAAACAGCGAGAAGCCUCCAGUCCAGCCCAGAGUGAGGUCUGAAGGAGGAAACAGGCUGGAAGCCAACGUCAACGUCGUCUCGCUCCAGUAUCGGAAAUGGUCGGACCAUCAGCGGAGGUCAGAGCGUCAGGCCCAGGAGAGCUGUCCAGAGCCGAUGAUUUGUGGGAAAUGCAGUGCUGCUUUGUUCUUGUCUGAGUUCUGUACAGAAAAAAAACUGUGCAGGAGAGUGUGUGUUGGCCAGCGCACAGGUGUGCACAGCGACGGCCCUCUACCUGCCGAGUCCAGGAGCGACGAUGACUACCAGAACCUGGAGGCCACACUGGUGGUGUUCUGUGUGGACAUUUCUGGCAGCAUGGUCCGUCACUACAGAGGUGUGUGUGGACUGUUGCUGUUGGUUUUCUGUCAGGGUAUCCAGGAUGCCCUCCAGAGGGCGCUGUCGUCGCUGCUGCAGCAGUCCCCCCGCAGGAGAAGAGUGGCUCUGGUCACGAUUCAACGACGAGGUGGUGAUUAUAUGGCGAUUGGUACGCGUGUUCCUCUCACGCUCAGGGACUGGGCGUUGGUUGAUUAUGACCAUAUAUGGCAGGCAGGCUGCGGCUUAGCGAUCCCUCACUGUAUCGCUGAGACGUACCAACAGCUCGUACAGAGGGUCAAAGACCUCAGGGAAUAUGGCGCGACAUGUCUGGGUCCUGCAGCGUUAGCCUCGGUUGCCAUGGCGUCAAGGUACCGGGGUUCAAAGGUGAUUUUGUGCACACGACGGCAGAGCAAAAACAUCGGGACUGGGCGAGAUGGAGGCUAGACUCCCUCUCUGUCCUCCUCCCGCUCACUCCGUAAUUUCUACAGACAGCUGUCUCUGCAGGCUGGUGUCAUAAUUUCAGUGAUGACCUUUGAAGGGAUCAGAUUGUCGCUAGCAGACGUCGGGAGACUCGCAGACACGACUGGAGGAAGGGUGAGCAUCGGUACCGUUGCAUCGGAGAGAUCCAGUCAGCCAUUUCUCUGAGGACAAAACAUCCUUGCAACAGGCGUCACAGCAAACUGCAUCGCUCCUGAUGGAGUGUAUUUUCCCUAUGAGGAUGAAACCAAUCACAAACUGGUGAGAGAGAUUGGGGAUGUGACUAAGGGGCUGGAAAUCACCAUCCAGUUUGCAGUAAAACCAGAAUUUAUGGAAGUUUUUCUUCAGAGAGACACUAUUCCAUUUCAACUCCAGCUGAACUUCAAGACUAAAGACCAAGAAAAAGUUACUCGUGUUAUAACUGAACAGCGACCAGUUACAACCUGCAGUCGGAUUUGGGCCGGCAGCCUCAACAUGGCGGUGCUUGGCGUCCACUGUGCUCAACUCUGUGCCAGUUUGACCAUGGAGGGUCGAGUGCAGGAGGCACAGAGGCAACUAAAAGCACAGCAAGACCUGCACAAAUUAAUCAGUAAGCAGAGGCCAAUCCAAAAGGAGGAGAGCAUCUAUGGCAACUGGAUGGACACCAUGACAACCAUAUGUGAUGACAUCACCACGGAAUCCUUGACUCUCUCUGAUGAAGCAGCUAAGGUAAUGUACCAGAUGAAGAGAGCCAGCAGUGUCAACAGCUACAGCAACACAACUGAGAUCCAAAAAAAGACGAGGAAGAAGAAGAAGAAGGCCCUCGUGGAAGGAAUGUAACAAAAUCCACAAAUAUGGAGACUUGAUUUUACAUUUUUCAUUCAUUUAGCGCUAGCACUAAAAGAAGGUUCACUGCACUGCUGAAUGUGUAGUAAUAAUACUGGAAUUUACUGAAAAUUCUCAAAAACAUAUACAUGAUUGCUAUAAAUAAUUUAUGACAUAUUAGAAUACUAUGUAUUGUUUUAAUUGAUUUGAUAAAUCCAAAGAAUACUUGACUGAGAAAGAAAUAUUUUACAGAUUUUUGGAUAUGUCUAGGAUAUUAGGAUAUUUUUAGUAUUUUAAGAAAUU